CGGUAAUAUUAAGAAAUGAACGACCCAGAUGACUUUUUUGUACCUUAUGUGUGCGAGAGAGAUAAGCUUGGAAAGCUAUAUUCACGAAGAAGUUUUGUACAAGGAGAUAGGAAACAUCAAAGGACUAAGACUUACAAGAAACUGAAGCAGAGUCAACCACUGAGCACUAAAGGUUCUUUAAGAGAGUUGACAAAGGACUUGCCAAAUUGUGUGGUCCCAAAACAAAUGGCUCCUAAACAAGAUGUGCAUAUAACAUUUGACGAGAGGGCUCUUCCGACACCAGUUUCAGGGAGCAACUCUCCCAUAAGCUCUUCUCUGAGGAGGACAGUUGGCAGUAACAGGAAUAGGAAGAAGUUAAAGCCGAUCGUGAUAAAAUAAAAUGAUCCCGCACAUCCCAUCUGACCUGAAGGAGGUCUACCAGACCUUCCGGGAUUCGAAUCGAAGCAGUCUGCUUAAGUACAUCAAUGCAGAUACUAAAGUCAGGUUUGUGAACAAGUUCAAGGCCAUGGACUCUCAGAAGUUGAAGAUGAAGUAUCCCAAGCUUAGGCAUUUCAUACCGUACAAAAGGAGUGGACAAAGAAUCCUGAACAUCAGUGCUGAUUUUACCCAGCCCAAAGUUAAGGAGUUCCGGUUUGAGAUGAAGACCCCGCAGCAUGAGAUAGGCUUUAAAGAUGGGAACCACUCUUUGGACUCUAAUGAGCACGAUUCGGCUCUGAGACACAAGUCUUUUAUAAACUCUAAAUUUUCCAAUGUGCCUAUAUUCGAUCUUCAGACUGAGAGACCUAACUUCGUGAAGCAGUUUGGUAAGAGUUAUUCUAGCCACAGACAGACUAAGAAGAACAAGAUUAAUUUGGAUAAGCUAAGAUCAUUCGCUGAGAGUGUCGCCAAGAGCAACUCUGAUGUAAUUCAGGAGAUUAAGAGGCAUAAGAUUGCUUUUGUACACAAGAAGAUCCUUGAUGACGGCAUUGGGCAUUUUAGGAAGGACGUCAAGGUGCUUCAUAACAAAGCUAAGCCAGUGAUGUAUGGGGUUAAGGAAGAUGUGCUUGCUGAGUAUACUAAGAUGUUCUCAUUGUAG